AUGGGUCAGAUAUCACAACAGUUAGCUUCAAAUUCUCAAGCUCUAGGCACCUUACCCAGCGGUACGGUAACUAAUCUGUGGGAACAUAACAAUGUUAACGUUGUCGUAACCAGAAGUGGGAAGUCAACAGAAGAAAACAGUAUGGAGGAAGAUGGAUUGUUAGAAGUGGAUUUAGAAAUCAAGGAAACCAAGGACCAAGAUGAAGAAGUAGUACUACUAUUUGUCAAGGAGAAAGAAAAAGUUCCUAAACCAGUCAUCAAACACCCUUACCCUCCGAGGCAGAAGAAGAAAGAUCAACAUGAAAAAAAAAUUGAGAGUGCAAUUCUUCAAGGUAUGAAAAUCCCAAUGAAAAAGAAAGAUAGGGGAUUAGUUAUUAUUCCUUGCACCAUUGGUGAUAGAAAAUUCAAGAAGACUUUGAUUUAUUUAAGAUCAAGUGUGAGUUUUAUACCACUAUCCAUCUAUAAGAAAUUAGGCAUUGGCAUAGUUCAAGAUACUCGGAUGACACUUCAGUUUGCUAAUCGCUCUAUUAGGCGACCAUAUGGGAAAGUGGAAGACGUUCUGGUAAAGAUUGACAAGUUUAUUUUCCCAGUUGACUUCUUCAUUCUGGAAAUGCCCGAAGAUGAGGAGAUUCCUCUCAUAUUGGGCAGACCAUUUUUAGAGACAGGACGAUGCAUGAUAGACAUAGAGGAAGAAACGAUGACCCUCAAAGUCUAUGAUAAAGAGCUAAAGAUUGAUGUGCAGAACAUGAUGCAAUACAAAGAUGAUAUUGGCACAAGCUAUACUGUAGAGAUAAUAGAUCAGGUCCAAAAUACCCCCGAGGAGAAUUUUGAUAGGAAAGCAACAACUAGCCAAAAUGUCAAGGUCACGGAAGCGACCCAGCCGGAACCCGAAUCCGCAUAA